AACCAUAAAUAAUCUCAAUCUCAUUCUUGUUGUUUCUUCCGCAGCACACACAUUGCAUAGCAUUCGCGAAUCCCUCUGUCUCUGAGCAGCAAUGCCAGCCCAGAAGCGCUCUCUGCCCGAGUCACUCGACGAAGGGGACACUUCGCAGCAGAACCUCUUCCAUUCUCGACAUGCGAAGCAACAACAACAACAACCAGACCAGCCGCAGGAACACGACGAGGAUGAGAACGAAGAAGAAGAAGAAGAAGGAGAUGAAGAAGAAGGAGAAGAAGAAGAAGAAGAGGAGGAGGAGGAGGAGGAGGAGGAAGAAGAAGAAGUAGAAGAAGCGGCGCAAAAUGACAACAACGACGAGGAAAAACCACAGGAUUCCGACGAUAUCCCAUCUUCUGGCUCUGAAGAAAAACCCGAAUUUGUGUAUGUGGAACUUCUGGAAAUUCGUAAGGAUGUCCAAUGUCCAAUUUGCCUUGGUAUUAUUAAGAAGACAAGAACCGUUAUGGAAUGCUUGCACCGUUUUUGCAGGGAAUGCAUUGACAAAUCAAUGCGACUAGGGAACAAUGAAUGCCCUGCUUGUCGCACACAUUGCGCCAGUCGUCGUUCCUUGAGAGACGAUCCAAAUUAUGAUGCCCUAAUUUCUGCUUUAUAUCCAGAUAUUGAGAAGUACGAAGAAGAGGAGCUUGAAUUUCGUGAAGAGGAGAAGAACCGCAAUAAGCAGAUUCAAGCUUCAAUAGCAAAAGUAGUUCAACGGCAAUCUGAAGCAUUGGUUAAGAGACGUAAAGAUACACCAGGUACAUUUGUAACAAGAUCACAGCGUAAUCAACGAAAUAGGAGACAAACUCAAGCAAUUGAAGGAUCUGAAGAUAAUGAGGAGGAAAAUGACAAUAAUGAAAAGAACUCAUCUUCAGAUGAUGAACGGAGUACAGAACACCGGCAGAGAAGGCGAAAGAGAUGGGCCAGAGUUCGCUCCUCUCAACCCUCAUCAUCCAUGACAAGUCCUGAUGGUGGAUGCAAUGAUAGUGAUAUGGAUAUAAGUAGAGAAAAUCGUGGAAUUUCUUCAAGGCAGGUAUCAAAACAUGGAAAGCUUACUUGGGGAAGGGGUGGAUUUAGAAGUAACACUCGGCAUGGUAGUGGUGGCAGUAGCAAUAGCAAAAGUUCUCGCAGUAGUCGAUUAUCUAAGUUUGUUGAUCAUCUCCGCAACUUGGAUGAAAACACUGAUGAGUUUGAUGUCCAUCUCAUGCUUGUUUCUCUUGACCAACAAAGUACAUCAAGUUUGCAGCAACCUUACCUUUGCUGUCGACCAACUUUGUCUGUCAGGCACCUUUACGAACACGUUGCUCGUCAGACACAUUUGCCAGUUGAAGGAAUUGAGAUACUGGCAGUCAAAGGAUGCUGCAGUACAAACCGUGACAAGUCAACCAAUGAGAAUUCAGCCCUGGCAUACGAUGAGCUAUCAACGCUGGUUAUUGAUCCACACAAAGAUGAACUGGAAAUUUUGCAAGGACAUGAGACUCUGUCAGGGCUUAGAUCCAAAUGCAUAUCUAAGAUGGGACAUUUGAUUAUUGCAUACAAUCAGAAGGAGGUAUCAUAGGCUUGGUUUGAUUGGCGGACUUGACAUUGACAAUGCCAUAAAUUUCUUUGUUAUGUACAUAAAAAGAACAAUUGCCUUUUGCAUCCUCAACCCUAAAAAAAAAUAAAAUUCUAUAGUAUACUAAUGUUAUGCAAGCAUUGUAAUAUCUUUAUUUUUAGGUUUACCUUCUAAAAUAUUAGUUAGGUUUCAGUUUUACUUAAUUUCUAGUCUUAUUUAUCAAUGUGUAUCCAAUUUGUCAUCAUGAUGAUUAUCGUUGUCGAAUGGAGUAGCAUUAUGGUGGCAAAUUUCAUCUUCA